AACGCGUGAAGGGCAGUAUCGGUAACAAAAGAGAAACUUCGAAGAGCCGCCAUAAUUGAUUCGGUCGAUUCCCAAUUCUCUCACGCUAUAUAUACCGAGCUCGUUUGUUUUGAUCGAGAUAUCUGACAAAACCCUAGCUGUUGCCCUCUCAAUUUCGUGUCUUCUCUCUUGAAGAGAAAAGAACUUACAAAGUUUAAAUCUUUAAGCUUUGACGGAUACUGAACAAUAUCAGGUUACUGGUUCAUAAGCUUCUUGAGGAAAUUCUUCGGGAUUUCAAAAAGAAAAGCUGAUAAUGUCACGGUGCUUUCCUUACCCACCUCCAGGGUAUAUAAGGCAGGGAUUGGUCGAAUCGAUUAAGCUCGAAAGAGAAAAGGUUCUGCGCAAAAUAGAUCAGAAAAUACAUAAGAAGAGGGAGAAGAAGGAGAAAAAGAAGGAAAGGAAAGAAAAGGAGAAAACUCAUGAUCUCAUAAAGAAAUUUAAGAAGCUUAAUGAUGAUCUAAGUGGAUAUAAAGAUGACCAAUUGGAGAACAGUGAUCUUACUGAGGAACAUGGGCCACCUGUUUGCUACAUAUCUGAUGGCAGCGAAAACAGCAUCAAGAGGAAAAGGGAAACCCGUUCCUCUAGUGAAUGCGGGGUUGCUGGAAACAUUAUAAAGAUUCGGUUUUCGUUGAAAAAGCCUUGUGAACCUGAUGCAUCUCUCAGUGAAGAACUGGUAUGCUCUACCUCUGGAAGGGCAGAUUCUUCAACCCCAUCAAAAGCGCAAGACCAAUGUUACCCUUGGAGUAAAAAACCCUGUACCAGUUCUCCUGUGCCUGAACAGAAAUUACGGUGUGAUGACGAAUGGAGAGAGCCAAUUCCCUCUUCUUCUGGAACAUCGGUGUAUGACAACCAGAGGCAGAAGGCAGCAUUGCAGUAUAAAACCUUGAUUGAGGAUUGGAUGCCACUUCCUCUCCAAGUUAAGGAGAAGGACGACGAUGAUUGGCUUUGUAUGACAAAUCUGCAAGGAAGACGUGCCGCUAAGAGAUCUAAAGUUGACAAUAAAGUUACAUGUAGUGCUAGUGCAACUUCAUGCCCACAUGCUCGUUUUCUUCCGGAGGCUGAGAUUUAUGCAUUGCCUUAUACGGUUCCAUUUUGAGUCGUUUGACUUUCAAAGGGCCUUUUUUUUCCUUCCCCAGAAAGAGCGGCCCUAAUUCUUUCAAUAAGUUAUCUUAAUUGUACUCUUGGAUAAGUGCAUGGCGGUAAAGGGUUAUAAUGCCCCACAACUUGUACAGUUUGAGGUUUUUCUAACAAAAACUAUUUCACGCAAAAAAGAGACGAGAAGAAUUAAUCUGCAGUUUUUUCCUGA